GCCUCGGAUGACUUUCAUUCAAAAGAAACACUCUGUAAGGUGGUGUGUAAUGCUUUUAAAAACAUACUGAAGCUCUCCACAAAGUGGGUUUUAGUUUUAAAAAAUAAAAGCUUUCAAAAAGUGUUUCCUAGCUAGAACAAUAGAACAUUUUCGCUGUUUUAACAUGUUGGCCUUUGAAUGAAAUAGCUGACCUGUCAGUAUUCUGAGUAAACGUGACUUCUGCUAAUCCAACUGGUUUUUGCCACGUUCAGCUGGUACAAACGUAGCCUUGUGUCUGAAGCUGCCUCUGCAGCUGAUACGUGUGUGUGGUUGGACAUGGACAAGACAUCCCCACCUUACUGCUAGCACAACUAAAUAUUUGAUGUGUUGCAUCAUAUAUGCUCACAGUUGUUCAUAUCUGGAGAGAAGGUAAUAAAAACACUGUGCCAACUGUUCAAACCUCCCGGAUGCUGAACUAAGGUGCCACGAGGUAUUGCUGAUCCUGUUUUUGUCUUUCUCCAGCUUCUUUGCCAUAGUUGUUUAUUGGGGACAAUGUCUACUUUCCCCUGUGUGAGCACCGGACAGUCUGUGGCUCCUGACCCCUGUGUAGCUCCAGAAAUCUGCCCCCUUCAGCACCCUGGACACUGGGAGUUGCUGACUAAUCCAAACCCUCAGUGUUGAGAAGGGGCAAGCUGAGGCUGAUGUUUGGUCAUGAGCCUCACAUUGCUGGAGCCAUGAGACCUCUGAGGAAGUCUUCCAGGAGACUUCCUCUGUGAACAGUUACCAGAUCUCCUUCGUCUCAGCUCUCCAUGUGGCUUUCAGCCAUGUGCUGUGUUGGCUACAGUGUCAAAAAAACCUGGCAGUCUCUGUUUUGCAGUUGUUGAAUGUAUGCUCACUUGCUCUUAUCUCAACAUCCAGACUUAUCUGGAUAUGGGAUAAAAUAUUUCUUGCCUCGUUCAGUCACUGUAACAUUAAGAAAUCUGUGUAAUAGCAUUCUUGCUCAUGCCUCGAUGAUAUUAUUAUCAGCAAUAAUACUUAGUAUAAUAGCUUUAGAACAAUUAAUUGUCACAUGUUGGCCUAAGAAUUUUUAAGUUUUUGCUUUACUUCACAGUGGGAUUUAUGAAGCCAAAUGCUGACAUUUAAUUUGUCACUAGUCAGUUAAUAAAUGUUUGCAGAUUGAAAAAGAAUGGCAAAUAAUCAGAAGGCACUUCAAUUUUAAUCUCUAGGAGAUUUUGGUGUCACAUUUGCAUAUAUAUAUAAAUAUUCAUGAGUGUGGUAUGGUUUUGUUAAUUAAUUUCAGUGGGAUUUCUCAUAAGACUAUGAAGGUUGUAAGUAUUUGCAGAAGUCUUUCCAGGACUGGGUCUGUAGUUGGCUUUGAAAAAGAAUAUAAAAUGAGUUGAAAAUAUUCUUAAGGUUUGGACUAUUUCCCUCUGAUAGUUGACAUGUUAAAUUAUGUAGCAUUUAUAAACCCUUCUCUCGCAGGUUUUGGAGAUCAUAUUCAUUGGAGAACACUAGAAGAUGGGAAGAAAGAGGCAGCAGCCAGUGGUUUGCCUCUUAUGGUUAUCAUCCACAAGUCUUGGUGUGGAGCUUGCAAAGCUUUAAAGCCAAAGUUUGCUGAAUCCAAGGAGAUCUCUGAACUUGCCCAUAAUUUUGUUAUGGUCAACCUUGAGGAUGAUGAAGAGCCAAAGGAUGAAGCCUUUAGUCCUGAUGGAGGUUACAUUCCCAGAAUCCUUUUCAUGGACCCCAGUGGAAAAGUCCACCCAGAAAUCAUAAAUGGGAAGGGAAACCCCAGCUACAAGUAUUUCUAUACCAAUGCUGAUCAAGUGGUCCAAGGGAUGAAGGAGGCCCAGGAGAAGCUAACAGGUGACGCUUUCAAACAAAAACACCUGGGAGAUGAACUAUAAUGACUACACCGAAUGAUGCUUUUUCAUCACUUCAAAACUAGAAGGAAAUGAUUAAACAGACCAAGAAUGUAGAUGCACUGGAGGGACAUAAUUCUCCUGUCAAUAAUGUUAGGUUAAACCCUGUUUGGAGUUCACACACAUACAUCACAGUGUUAUCUCCUCCUCUGCCUGGCAGUUUGUGCUGUAAUGGUUCUUUGCAAUUAGGUAGUGUGCAAACACAUCAAUUUUUGUGUUUGAGCAACCACUAAUACUUGGUGUUAAAAGGGAGGUGUGUAGGGCAAAACAUUGAUUUGAGGACAGUGUGAUUGGAAUAAGUAGAAGUAGCCAACAUUUUGACGCUUAAUCAGGGUUGGAUCCCUCUUUUCUCACUGGUGUUACGUGUUCCCAUUGUUUUUACUGCGGGUUCCUAUGAAUGGGGCAUGUUCCUGGGCCAGAUGUUUUUUAGACCUCCCAAACCAUGAAUUCUGCCACUAAGCCAAGUAGAAUAAAUUUCAUGAAUGUCUAAGUAGCAUGUGAAAUUACUAGCUCUGCAAACAUUUUUUGUGUAAAACUGUGUGUGAUUCAUCUUUAUUUGCCUUUGGGCAGAAAUCUAACUUCUUCCUCGUGCACUCACCUUUUGAUUGUUUUAUCAAGUGAGGGUGGGUUAUGUUGAAGCUUUACGGGGAUUCCCCUUUUAUUCUUUGAAUGUUUUUUGGCGAAUGCCUUGCCAUCACAUUGUACUGUAUUUUUGUACCAGGGUGAAAAAUUAAACCUUUUUAAACAUAAGCAUGCAGACAAUGUUUUGUGGUAAAGGGUGUGGCUUUCCAUUCUUAAGGAUGGGGUAAUAUAUUUUUGUUUAUGUUGCAGUGGGUUUAACUGUUGAAUGUCACAGCUGAACGUGGUUUCCCCUUUUUAUAAUUAAAAGACAACAGUUGUUCUUCCA